UGCUGACACCCAGGAGCGUGCUGACACCCAGGAGCGUGCUGACACAGCGACCCACGACCCAGCAACCCGACGACUCGCGGCCGGGACCGCUCUGCGGCAGCAUGACAGGCUCGGCGCCCUCGCGGCCCAUGCCGCUGCUCGCCUACGCGCACACGGUGCCGUGGGACGCCCUGCCGCGCUUCGCCGAAGUCACGUCGGGCGUGUACAUCGGAGGAUCCAUCUACGACAUGGGAGGCAGCGAAAUCACUCUGUCCAACGGCGACGUGAUAAGGAUCACCAAGAUCAAACUCGAUAAGAUUCUGGCGAAAGUGGUGGCCAACGACGGCAAAGAGUGCAUCAUCCCUCGCGGCAUCAUCAUGGAAAUCCCAAUCGAUUACACAGGCCUCUUCCAGAUCCAGCCGAGCCAGCGCAAGUACGCCACCUUCGAGGACAUCGCCGAGUGCUACAAGCUGGCCCGGCGCGGCGGCUGGCACCUGGCGUUCCAUGCCUCCGUGGAGAUCCGCGCCGGCGACGUCACCAUCAAGGCCGGGGAGCGGCUGGUGCCGCUGGCGCUGGAGGAGCGGCAGGGCGAGGGGGGGCACCGCGACGACCACGACGACGCCGACCCCCCGUGCGUCCGCUGGCGCUACGAGCGCAAGGGCCGCGGCGGCGGCGCGGGGGCGACGCUGCUGCUGCCGCUGCGUUUCAAGGGCGACUUCUACGAGGCGCGGGACAACGGCCACUACACGCUGCUCGAGGUGGUGCACUGGCGGCUGCUGCAGGACGGCACGCGGAUGGUGCGGCCGCUCACGUCCACGCAGGGGGUGCAGCACCUGCCCAGCGGCUUCCAGGGCGUGCUCAAGCUCACGGCCAGAAGCUCCAUCGUGGGCUUUGUCAACGAUGCCAUGGGAGAGGUCAUCAUUCCAUCCAACCUGGACGUCGAGGUCAGAGAUGUCACCGAAGAGUACAGGCAGAAGACAUUCGUCAUGCCAGUCACGCUGGUGGAGAUCUUCAAAUACCCGGCCGACCGCUUCCCGUUGUCCGUGCUUGUGCUGGAGGCGCAGCGGUGCUACUCGUCCUGCCCGAAGGUCAAGUUCGAGGUCGGCGCUCAGUUCACGGUCCACCGGGCUAAGGAGGUGCGCAAGGUGCUGGUGACGCGCGAGCGCCUCGCCCUGCCGCCACAGAACUUCCUCGUGCCGCUGUUCUACCGCGGCCUGGUGACCAAGCGGCCCCGGGUCUUCUGCUCGACGUUCGACAUCGACGCCGCGUGGGCCAAAGGCGACGAGGAUCUGGAGGUGCGGGCCACGAUGGACUACCAGGCCGACCAUGAGGAGCUCGGUUCGCUGGCGCAAGGGGACCGGCUGAUCAUCCGGGGCCGGGAGUUGCUCCGCAUCAAAAGCAACGACCGUUACGAGGAGCUGGAGACCCUGCGGUGCCUGCGCAGCGCCCCCUCGGACGCCCCCCACGCCGCCGCCGCCGCCGUCGUCAACCUGCCCCUCUACGUGCAGGGCAGCUUCGUGGAGGUGGUGAAGGAGCAACGGCGAUUGUCGCUGGCGCAGGUGGUGGAGCGGGGCCCCAUCCCCGUCAACGUCAAGGUGGUGGCGGGCGACCCGCUCCUGCCCGACGAUCCGCUCGCAUCCUCCUCCAUCACGGUGGAGGGGCGCUUCGAGGACCCCUGCUUGAUCGUGAGCGGGGAGAUCGCCGCCGGCUGCUUCGAGAUCCCCAUCAACAGGGUGCACAUGAAGGUGCAAGUGUUGGAGAAGGGCAGCACGUGGCCCGUGCCCCCGCCGCAGAUGAUCCUGGAAAAGGUGCCGUCGUAUUUCUGAGCAACCUCAGGGGAAUUAAUUCUGCGAGCAAGGGCUGCCCGGCGGUGCCCAUGAGGUUCACCAGAGACAACGCCGUUUCGAUGAAGAGAGGGCCAGCGACGUCAGGAAAGGAUGGCCAAUCGUCUCCUAUGGAAUUGCCGACGCCGAAUAUUGCUGAGCGGUCGUGCAGCCUGCAAAUCCCGACCACGGCAGGGGAAGACAUGGGGAGAGCAGACGCCUCGGGCAGCGAUGAUGAUGACAACGACUACGAAGAUGUCUAUGUGGAGGAGCCCUCUCAGUCCGAAGCAUCUCGGGACAGUGACGACAGUUACACCGACGUUGGCCUGCCGUCGGAGACGACGGAGUUCAUUAUUGCCCAGGAAGCGGCCAGCAGAGCACAAGAAGAUUCUCGCGAAGACGGCAAAAACAUCUACACCAACAUCGUGACGAUCGGCGGCAAGAAAGGGCCGUGCAAGUAGCGACCUGCCGCUUGACAGCCGCUCAUCGCUAGUGACCACAGCGCGGCUCAUCCGAUCCGGCUCAAAGGAACAACAGAAGGCGAUUGCUUGUGUUGCGAUCGGAACGUCUUGAUAUUGUUAUUAUUUUGAUGAUUUUUUCAUUCCACGUGGCUUUACCGAAAGACCCAAAGCAACAGAGUCCAGGGAACUUCGCGCAGCACGCAGAAGGAGUGCGUGGGUCCCCGGCAGGCAACCGAUUCGCUCUUUCGCCAUUCCAAUUAGGAGCCUCCACACCACUACCACCAGUUACUCGCUUUCCGGAUUAUAAGACGCACUUUCUGUGCCUGUGUUUAAAAGCAAUAGUUGGGGUUGCGUCUUAUAAUCCACUAUUGCGUGCGCGGGACCAGAUUUGUCUAAGUUCAUUGACGCCAGGCCAAAAUGUGGGGUGCGUCUUACUUUCCGAAUGGUGUGACGGUCUCGAGGACGCGGCACGCGAAGUUGUGGAGAGUGGGGAGACCCCCAGAUGCUCCAUGCCCGUCGGGUACCGUCUCUCACCUGUGCUACAGCGCUACCUGCAGGCGGCUGCUGGAAGCCUCACUCCGCCGAUGAUACCCAAUAUACCCAAUUGGCCAAGUGUUUGCUUAAACGUAACUGAUUAAAGUCUAAAGGCAUUCUUUCUCGUGUAUUAACAUUCUCCACAACGCCUCUCAGUGGUUAUAUUAUUAUGUUGUGUGUGCAGAAACGUAGGUGAUGUCUGGCUAGCGACGUUAGUCUACCCAUUCACGAAGCUGCAGGGCUGAAUGAUCAAUAUACGUCAAUACAGUACUAAUAUUAUACAA